AUGCCGAUCCCAGGGGACAGCCCCCAGGCUCCCGCGCCCGGUCCCCAGUCGCCCACCGCUGCCGAGGUCAACAGCCAGCUCGAGCGUCGCGCCAACAUCAUCCACAAGAUGAUGACCAUGGACAUCCAGAUCAUGGAGUCCCUGAAGGAGCUGAUUGAGGAGGAUGUCGAGCGCAUCCUCGCAAGUACCGAACGCGGGUUUGAAUCGGCCGACGAAUUUUUCGCCCACUCACUGGGCGUCGAGGCCGCCCAGCUGGCCGCGGCGCUGCUCUCACUCAAGGAGGACUACGAGGGCAUCCUCACGGCGUUGCUGGCGGCGCCGCGAUUAAAGGAGGUCCCGGCGACCGGGAGUUCCCCCGGGUCGAGUGCCGCCCCGCCCCGGUCGCCAGCCCUCCAGAGCGAGGGGGAGCUCCUGCAGCAGCUCCAAAAGCAGAUUUCCUCCAUGACCUCCGAGCGGGCCUUCCUCUACCACGACCUCGAACAAUCCGAAGCCGGCCGCCGGAAGAUCUCCAGCGACAUGCUAGACCUGAAGAAGGCGCACAACUCCCUGCUUCGCCAGCACCAGCAUGAGUUGGUCCGUGCGCGCGAGGAGCACCUUUGGGAAAUGGACCAGCUGAAGAGCGAUCAUGAGCGGGAGAUCCUGCUUCUCCAGCGCCAGCUGGAGGCCCUGACUGCGGCUACCCAAUCGCUGCUUCACCCGGAUCCCCACCGGCCAAUGUCUCCGGAGGGCGCUUCCCAAGCCCCGAUCGCCGCCAGUGCGCCGGACACGGUGGCCCCGUCAUCCACCUCGGCCGGGGCCACGCCCAGCCACACCCCCCCGGGCCCCGAGGCUGAGCCCUCCCCGGGACUGCGUUCGCCCGCGACCACCCCCUCCCGGGGGGAGGGCCCCCCCAUGGGCCCGGUGGCCCCGACCCGAGACGACCUCUUCUUCAGCCUGGCCUCGCAGGCGGCCACCAUCCUGGAGGAUGAGAUCCUGCACAUCUCCGACCUGAACCGCUUCGACAUCAUCUCCUUCAUCGAGGCCACCCUGGCUCGCCCGGUGCGACUUCACCCGGCCGGCGGGGCCGCCCCGCCGGGCCCCAUCAUCACCGGCAGCCUGGCCCCUCGCUCGCCCUCGCCCUAUGAGGGCCCCGACGGGCUGGCCGGGCUGGCCGGGCUGCAUGGCCUCCCCGGCCGGCCGGGCAUGGGCCCCAGCGAGGGCAGCACCUCCCCCUUGUCCAUCCGAAGCACCCUGUCCGACCAUUUCAUCCUGACCCCCGGGCCCGAGGGGGCCCUCUUCUCCAGCCGCCGGCCCUCGCUCUCGAGCUUGGAGCUGCUCAAGGCCGACCCCUUUGUCGGGGACCUGGUCGGUCAGCCGGAUGAUGGAGCCGUCGACACGUCGACGGCCGUGGCACUGGCCGCGGCCGAGGCUGCUGCCGCGCUGGCCGAGAGCCGCGCCGCCGCGGCCGAGGCCGCCGCCGCCGAGGCCGCCGCCGCCGCCGGCCAACAGGCUGCCACCAUCGAGGUCCAGCGUGUCAUGCUGCGCAUGCUCCUGACCCCGGCCGAGGUCCCUGACCCCGGGAGCUGCCUGGCCGAGCGCUUUGCCCCGGAGCACCUUCCCCACCUGUCGGCGGCGGUGCUGCACCUGGCUCGCGAGGGCAUCCUCCAGGCAACCGGCCUGCCCGUGGGGCUGGGCUCCGAUGACCGGCUCCUCGCCGGCUGCCAUGACUUCUGCCAGGCACUGACGGCUGCCUUGCAGGCGGCCAGCUCCAGCACGGCCCCCGCGGCCGGCCCGGCUUCCGGCAAAAUCGCCAGCAGCCCGGCCGCCCGGCUGGCAUCCACGCCUGGCGCGUCUGCCGGGGCCAGCCCCUCCCGGUCGCCGGUGGCCGGGCUGCCGCCCUCGCCGUCGCCCUCGAGCCGGCGCUCGGCCGUCGCCCCCCUGGCGCCCCCGAGCACCCACAGUAUCGGCGUGAGCUCCUCCCAGGGCACCAGCCUCGAGGACAUGCCCCACCUGCUGCUCCAACACUCCGGGGCCUCCUCCCAUCGGGAUCUCUUCCUGGCGGGCCCGGCGGAGGCUGGCGGGUCCUCGUGCACCAGCCUCGGCUCCCUGCCGCCGGGGCUGGCCCUGGCCGAGAUCCCGCCCUUCGCCGGGGCCCCCGGUAAGGCCGCCGCCGGGCCGGGGGCUGGCUCGUCCCUGGCCACCGGGCCGUCCUCGAUGGCGGCGGCCGCGCUCCCGGUCAGCCCGCGGCCCCUUCGCCGUGCCCACAGCUUUGACCUGCUGCAGCCGGCCCCCGGCCACGGGCCCGACUCGCAGUCGGACUUGGAGUACUCGCAGUCGGACUUCCUGGUGGAAAGCCGCGGCACCCAUGGGUCCCUGGCCAGCCUCAACGCCGGGCCCGGGCGCCCGGCCCCCGGGCUCAGCGAGCGUGCUCACUCGGAUGUCACCCCGGCCGCCAUGGCCCGGCUCAAUGGCCUGGCCACCAUCAAGCGCGUCCCCGCGUCGCAGCACCCGCGCGCCCUGCGCGCCAUGCCCUCCCUCCCCCGGCCCAUCAUCACCCCGCUUCCGGCACAGGUGGUCGCCCAGCUGGAUGACCCCAGCUCUGCCGGCAUCGACCACUUGUAUGAGGCUGGCCAGCUCCGGGCCGCGGCGCCGGGCCCGGAGCAGCCCCUCUCGGCCCGCGGGCCGGGCACCCCGGCGGCCUCCAUGUCCGAGCUGUCCGCCUCGUGCUCGUCCUCCCGGCUGGCCGGCCUCGCGGCCGGGGCCGGCCCCAGCGGCAGCUUCGGCAUCGGGACCUUCGCCCCGGCGGAGCCCAGCUCCGGCGACAUGUCCGACGAGGGGGCCCUCCCCUGGACUCACGGCUCGCAGCAGAGCCUCCCCUCGCAUCCCAGCCCGGAUGAUGGACACGGCGUCACCCACUUGCGGGAGGAUGAGCCCGGGCCCCUGGCCAGUGGCGGCCGGCCCUUCGUCAAGAACCCCGGGUCGGCCUUCAGCAUCGAUCUCUUCGACCUGAUCGAGCGCGUCAGCAGCCGGACCCUGGAUGAUCAGAUUUACGAGACCACCGGCCGGGGCGUCGGCUUUGGCCAGUCCAAUGCCCCGCCGACUCCCAAUGCCCUGGAGGCGCUGAUG